CUAAUAUGUCUGCAAGAUUUCUCCGAACCAGCAUCAUGGCGUCGAAGCAGAUUGUGCUUUUUGACCUUCCCACCAAAGAGCCCUGUAUCACAUGGUCACCCAAUCCUUGGAAGACCCGGCUUCUCCUAAAUUUCAAGGGCAUUGAUUAUCGCACUCAAUGGGUUGAAUAUCCAGACGUCAAGCCAGUGCUAGAGAAGCACGUUUUGCCCAACUCUGCUGGAUUUCCAUACUCCAUCCCCGCCAUCCAUCUCCCUGAUGGCACAUACAUGAUGGAUUCGCGUCAAAUCGCGAACUCCAUCGAGGAGCGAUAUCCCGAGCCUCCUCUUCACUUGAACUCUGAAUACCUGCCUAAGGUUGAGAGCGUCUGGCUCCGCCUUAUGGAUUCUAUCCGCCCCCUCUUUAUUCCCCAGGUUCCGAAACGCCUCCUCAACGAGAGAAGUCUCGACUAUUGGUACACCACUCGCGAGGAAAUGUUCGGGAUGAGCUUAGACCAGUUGGAAAAGGAACAAGGGGGAGACAAGGCUUGGGAUAAAGCUGAGCCGAAGAUUCGGGAAGCCACAGCGUUGCUGAAGGAGAACCAGGGACCCUUUUUUAUGGGUGAAGUUAUCAGCUAUGCAGAUCUUGUGUGGACUAGCAUACUUCUUUUCCAGAAACGCAUGGGCCCUGACUUUUUUGACGAGCUGUUAAAAAGAAGUGGUGACCCUCAGGUUCAUCUCAAACUUUUGGAGGCUGUCAGUCCCUAUGCUUAAUGGAACGAUUAUUGAUAGCGGAAUAUAGUUAACGG